AUGACCAGAAAUCACCACAAGCAGCAACUUUUGACGAUAAUCCAGAAACCGGGACCUUCAGCAGAAAAGAUAUUUGAGCAUGAAGGUUUAAGAAAAAUGACUUUGCUGAAGCAACGUAAAGUUUCUGCGCAGUUAAAACUGGAAAUGAUGCAACGCGAAUUGCAACAGAAGCGUCGAACAGAUGCAGAGCGUCGAUUCUAUCGCCUGCAACUUCAAGAGUUGUCGGGUGAACUCCAAGACUUAGGUCGAUCGCUGGAACGAGGCUACAGCUUGUCUUCGUCCAAUCCGACCAUUGCUGUUUCCCGGGAAUCUUUGAACGAGCCAAUCCGGAAACAAAGAGUCACACAUCAAGCCAGCACGCCAAAUUGCCACAUCAACCACCAUCAUCCAUUGGGAGAACUACGCGCUGUUGCAUCCUUGUCAUCAUUAAACACGAAACCUUCAUCUUCAGAAAGUAGGUCGUUUCCUAAAGAUGCCAAGCCCUGGAAGGCUCCACUGAAAUUCCUUGGCAAUUUGAUGGACAACACGGGAUUUCGGCGUAGAAUUUGGCGAUCUUUUUCGUCGAAGCAAAUUCAAUCGGACGAUUCUGUUUUGAAUCAGAACUCAAAUAACUUUGUAAGACAGGAAGAAUGCACGUAUUUACGUCCUCAGAGUCUAGCGAUGAUGAACAACAACAAGAAGAAUGGACAACUAAAGUUCCUUCCAAACAUAUUUGGAAACCUCCUGUUGUGAGAAGAGUGUUUAAUAAUAAGAAAGUUCAAAUUGAUCCAGCAGUCAUGGCUGAAAUAGAGGUAUAAUCCUUUGUUCUAAGACAUGUUUAUAAAUUCUUUAGUUAUAACUAUCGCAAACGAUAGCAAAACAACCACAUGGGCUUAUUAACCACAUUAGCAUUUUUUUGCCCUUUUAUUUAUUUGUUAAUGAAAAUUAAGAGACUAAUUUUAAAGUUUUGAUCUGAUUGAUUAUAUUCGUUGAUAUAAGA